AAUGGCAAUCUGGGUCAACAACGAAACCAGCUGUUGGUGCAGGGCAUCACCGGCAAGGAAGGCGAGUUCCACGCCCUGGGCUGCCGCGACUACGGCACCAAAGUGGUCGCGGGGGUGACUCCGGGCAAGGGCGGACAGUCGGUCGAGGGCAUUCCGGUGUUCGAUUCGGUAGCCGAGGCGCGGGCCGAGGCCGCUUGCAACGCCACCAUGAUCUUCGUGCCCCCUCCGUUCGCCGCCGAAGCGAUCAUGGAAGCGGCUGCCGCCGGUAUCGAGCUCAUCGUCUGCAUCACCGAGGGCAUUCCGGUCAACGACAUGCUCAAGGUGCGAGCCUUCAUGGCCGGUUGCGACAGCCGCCUGAUCGGUCCCAAUUGCCCGGGCAUCAUCUCCCCCGGCCAAGCCAAGAUCGGCAUCAUGCCGGGGCACAUUCACUUGCCCGGCCGAGUUGGUGUGAUCAGCCGCUCCGGCACCCUGACCUACGAGGCGGUGUGGCAGCUGACCAAUUUGGAGCUCGGCCAGUCGACCUGUGUCGGCAUUGGCGGCGAUCCGGUCAACGGCACCAACUUCAUCGACGUGCUGAGCGCUUUCAACGACGAUGCCGACACUGACGCGGUGAUCAUGAUCGGCGAGAUCGGUGGCAAUGCCGAGGAGCAAGCGGCGGAGUGGGUCAAGAAUCACUUCGACAAGCCGGUAGUGGGCUUCAUCGCCGGCCGUACGGCGCCGCCAGGACGCCGUAUGGGCCACGCCGGCGCUAUCGUCUCGGGUGGCCAAGGUACCGCCGAGGCCAAGAUGGCGGCGAUGACCGAAUGCGGCAUCCACGUCGUCGAAUCGCCCGCCGAGCUUGGCGUGACGAUGCAGAAGGCCCUCGGCGCGACCGCCUAG